UGGUAGGGAGCUGGUUAACACUGACACGGCUGGCUGGUUUUAAUAGGGAGGUAGUGAGAGAGGGCGAGGUACAGCACGCAGCACAGCCGACACCUGCGAGCACUUGGCUGGACGCGUACAGGGGGUGCGCGACUGACUCUGGAGGACCAACGGAUUUAUUCCUCGUAAUAUCCUGAAACGAUGACAAUGCGAAUGUAGAUGUGAAAGGUGUUUUUUUUUUUUUUAGCUUCACGUAUUUCUCUAAGGGUAGCCGGUUAAUGUACUUUAGUAGAUGCGACUGUUGGAAACUUAGGUAACUCACAGACAAACUAAGCGAAAACCGAAAAGCUUACAAACAAAUGGACAUUGACGCGUUUUUGUGAGUUUUUAAGUUUGUGACUGGUUUCUUCGCGUCGGACAGCUGUGUGCCACGGAAUGUAACAUCUUCCCAUCUUAAGUUACCUGGACUGACUAGAAAUCUCAGUGGGUUUACUGCUGUCAUUAUCAUCAACAUGAUUCAAACGCUGCAACUCAUCCUGAGUUUGUGUGUCUGGGGUUGUCAUGGCAACAUCCGCACAGCACCCCGAGUGCACCUGUCAUAUAGAGAGUUACUGGAGACAAAAACCAUACGCCCGUUCAGCUUUUCCUUCAACACCAGUGACUACCGAAUUCUGCACAUGGACCAGGACCAAGGACGGCUCUACCUGGGCAGCCGUGAAUAUGUGGUCUCCCUGGACAUGCAAAAUGUCAAUAAAGAACCCCUUAUUAUUCACUGGCCAGCAACAACACAAAGAAAGGGAGAGUGUAAAUUAACCGGAAAAGGUGGACAGGGUGAGUGUGCUAACUUUGUACGUCUGAUCGAGCCAUGGAACAGGACUCACCUGUAUACCUGUGGCACAGGAGCUUAUAAACCCAUCUGCACCUUCAUCAACAGAGGCUGGAGAGCUGAGGAAUAUCUCUUCCGGCUGGUUCCUGGUUAUGUGGACUCUGGAAAAGGAAAGUCUCCAUAUGACCCCCACCAAGAGAACGCUGCAGCUCUGAUUAAUGGGAACCUGUAUUCUGGAGUGCACGUGGACUUCAUGGGUACUGAUCCAGCUAUCUUUAGGACAUUGGGGGACAGGCCUGCUGUCAGAACAGAGCAGUAUGACUCUCGAUGGCUAAAUGAGCCUGUGUUUAUAAAAAUUCAGAAGAUUCCCGACAGUGCCGAGAAGAAUGAUGACAAACUUUAUUUUUUCUUCCGGGAGAAGAGUUUAGAUGCUUCAGGGGGCAGUGCUCCGAGCGUUCUCGCAAGAGUGGGCAGAGUCUGUCUGAAUGAUGAUGGCGGUCAAAGGUCAUUGGUGAAUAAGUGGACAACAUUUCUCAAAGCACGCCUAGUCUGUUCUGUGAUUGGUGCAGAUGGUGUUGAAACUUACUUUGAUGAACUGAGAGAUGUUUUCAUACAGAGGACCCAUGAUGAGCGCAGCCCCAUCGUGUAUGCGGUGUUCUCCACAGCUGGCUCUGUGUUUAAAGGCUCUGCUGUGUGUGUAUACUCUAUGGCUGAUAUCAGAAAUGUUUUCAAUGGGCCCUUCUCUCACAAACAUGGUCACAACUACCAGUGGACACCCUACACUGGAAAAAUCCCCUACCCUCGACCGGGGACUUGUCCUGGAGGAACCUUCACCCCUGAUCUCCACACCACUAAGGCCUUUUCUGAUGAGGCUGUAAACUUUGUGCGUGCCCAUCCACUGAUGUAUCAACCCAUAUACCCAAUACACAAGCGUCCCCUGGUGGUCAGGACAGGUGUUGAUUACCGUUUUACCACCAUUGCUGUUGACCUGGUGGAUGCUGUGGAUGGGAGAUAUGAGGUGCUCUUCCUGGGCACAGAUCGUGGAACAGUCCAAAAGGUGAUUGUCUUACCAAAAGACAUCAGCACAACAGAAGAGCUAAUUUUGGAGGAGGUUGAAGUUUUCAAGAUGCCAGCACCUGUGAAAACUCUGAAGAUGUCUUCUAAAAGGCAACAAUUAUAUGUGUCAUCAGAAAGGGGUCUUACCCAGGUGUCCCUGCACAGGUGUGCUGUUUAUGGCAAGGCCUGUUCAGACUGCUGCCUGGCCAGAGAUCCCUAUUGUGCUUGGGAUGGAGAAACCUGCUCUGCUUUCACCCCGGCUACCAAGAGGAGAAGCAGGAGGCAGGAUAUCAAACAUGGAGAUCCCUUACGCCAAUGCCGAGGCUUCAAUGCUAAAGUAGAGAAGCGUCUGAGGGAGACAGUGCAGUUUGGGGUCGAGGGGAGCAGCACAUUUCUGGAGUGCCAGCCGAGGUCUCCUCAGGCCUCCGUCAAAUGGCUCUGCCAAAAGGACGGCAAGCGGAAAGCACUCAGUCGGGAUCAAGAAGUCUUGAAGACGGGUCAAGGCAUCCUGCUGAAAUCACUCACCCAAUCAGAUGCCGGGCUUUACCAUUGCCUGGCAACCGAAAACAACUUCAAACACACCGUGGCCCGCAUCUCUCUACGGAUCCUGGACCGGGAGAUUGUCGAUGCACUGACUGAGCCGGACAACCCCGUAGAACCCGAGCAUCGUCGCCAUCAUUCGCAUCAUCACCCUCCACCCCCGCCCCCUCCUCCCCAGACACCCCCACCCCCUCUGCAGCUCCACCCACAGCCAGAGGUGCGCCUAAUCAACCAGUACUGCCAGACCUACAGGCAGCAGAUGCAAAGCCAAGCCCACAAACCCAAACGCAACAACCGCAGACACACAGGCGAACAGGAAGAGGAGGAACCACAGGAGCAGUGAAAGGAACAGCAUCUUCUCUGUGAACAUUGUCCCAUCACCAUGUACUGUCAUCUUUUAGUUAAUUGAUUGAUUCAUUAGAUUGAUUCAGUUGAUUCUUUAGAUUUAUCAGACUGUGUCUGAACCCAUUUUUGGUUUUCAUUUUGAGGUCCACUGCCCACCAAAGUCAGUUCAAUGUAAUUUGUUUGUCCUACUUUAUACACACAUAGUAAUGCAAUGCUUUGAAGUGUACAUGAAUCUGAGCAUAUUAGAGCCGAGUCUGUCUGUCACUGAACAGAUUAUAGCGUAAAAGGCCCGAUUUCGGUCAUAGUGACCAAAUUUGUAGUUACUGCCUUUUUAUGGCAAUGUAGUUUGAUGUUCUGUGCUCUGCUCCCCCAACCAAUUUCAUUCUGGCUGUGAUAUGCUCAUAUCCCCACUUACGUUUGUCAUUUUCUAUGGUGAGGUUUGAACAAAGUUCUUUAACAUUUUUAAAUGUACUCAAUAAAUUCCUAUACAGUGUCCAGCCAAACCAGCAAAACUACUGCCAUAUUAUGUAAAAUAUGCUAUUCCCUAUCCUAAAAGAUUAGCGCAUUGAUGACUACAGUGUAAAUACUACCAGAAGUUUUCGAAACUGUUUUGCAAUAGAGGCAUCAGAGCUGCAAAAAUAUUUUGGGAUUUAUUUAGAGAUCGCUGAUUCAAUCGAGAGUCUUUAAAUCCCUCGACCAUGAAAUAUUGCAAUGGAAGGAAUGUUCUGGAUCAUUUGAGCACAAUUCCCUGAGGAUGCUUGGGUGUACUUAGUUGCAAGACUAUAAUUAUAACUCAAUAUAUCUUGACAUCAUUUUAAGUAUUGAAGUUUUUACUCUUCUUAGCUUUUACAUUUAUAUUCAGAUUUUCUACAAGUCCCUGUAAGAAAAAGUCUAUGAUAUUAUUAUUGAUCCAUGACAGAAAUUGAAAGCCUGAAAACUGAAAAGCAACUUUCAUGAACAGUAUGACAUUUUCUUUAUGAACUGAACUGGAUGAUUCUGCUUGGUUAACCAUGUUGGCGAGUUUCAGUUAAAUUAUUAUUCCGGGUUCAAUACAAGUUCAGCUCAAUCGACAGCAUUUGUGGCAUAAUGUUGAUUACCACAAAAAUGUAUUUUGACUCGUCCCUCCUUUUCUUUAAAAACAAAUCUGGGUUACAGUGAGGUACUUACAAUGGAAGUGAAUGUGCCAAUCUGUAAACAUUAAAAUACUCACUGUUUCAAAAGUAGAGACACAAGACAUAAACAAUAUGUGUGGUAACAUGAUCAUAUUGUGUAAAGUUGAAGCCAAUUUUACAACUUUGUUGACAUGGUAAUAUAAUGUCAUCAAACCCUAAAACUACUUUAAAAUUAUAAUACAUGAGUUUUAACAGAUGUAGUCAUGUAAGUGCUUUUAUAAAAUUACAAGCUUCAUUUUCUGGAUUUUAACCCUCCAAAAACUGGCUUCAUUCCUCUCUGUAACCUUGA